AUUAAAUGUGAUCGUGUUGCUCUCUCUCUCAAAAACUGUAAGCGAAAGGAAGAUGACACACACACAUACCCUCGUUAAUGCUCACUCAUCAUCGUCCUGCAACUAAUAAAAAAGGCUCUUCCUUUUCUACUCUCGCUUAAUCGUCUUUAAUAUCUCUUCGAUUGUGAUCGUUUCUCUUCCACUUGUUGGUUCAACACUAUUUCUUCGGCAAAGAAAGCUCCUAACUUUCUUUCCUUUUUUGAAAUUUCGCAAAAAGGCGGCGUUUUUAGGGUUUGUGUUCUUCUUCUUCUACUUCUCUGUUUCGGAAUUGUGCAGAGAUUUUGCUUGAAGGGUAUAGUUAGGUUUUACUUUUUUUUUAUACCAUUUUGGGAAAACUCUUCCUUGGAGUUGAAGAAAGUGUAAGGCUAUGAUGGAGGAGAUUAAAGGGGAGAACGAGUUGAACCUAUUUGGUGUGAAGAAGCACAAUCUCGCUAAACAGCUGGACAAGAUUCAUUCUCAUUCCUCUGAUAUACUUCUCUUCAGUGUUCUGUGGAGAGACUUGUCGGAUUAUCUCACUUCCGCUGAAGAGAAAGUAGAGAGGAAGUUCAGGGAAUUGAAGUUGAAGGAGGCUGAGUUGCAAGAUCAAAGCUUUGCACUUGAAGAAAGGGGUAAGGUGGUUGAAGCGGCGGAAGCUGUGGCUGUCGAGUUAGAAGUGAAAUCUGAUGGGAUUAGGAUGGAGAUUGAAGCGAAGAGGAAGGAGCUUGAUUUUGUUAGGACUCAGGUUGAGGUUUCUCGAGAGGAGUUUGGUGGAGAGGAAGCGAGACUAUCUCGGCUUAGGAAGUUGGUGGAAGAGUGUGCGGCAGAGAAGAUGUCAAAGGAAAGUGAGCUUGAUGAGGUUUUGGAAGCGUUGAGAAAGACUCAGGCUGAGCUUGGUUCCAAAGGUGAAAAGUUGGCGCAGAUGGAGGCUGAUCUUGAGAGGUAUUGUGCUGAUGUCAGUGCAGAGGUGGCGCAUUUGGGAAGAACUCAAACUCUCAGGAGAAAAUUGGAUGAGGAAGUUGAGAGAGAGACUAAAGAUCUCACCAUGGUUCAAGACACAUUAGUGGAAUGUGAGAAGCUGCUUCAGACACGGUCUUCGGAUCUAUUAAAGAUGGAAGGUGAGCUUGAUUUGAAGCGGGAACAGUUGGCACAGAUGGAGGCUGAUCUUGAGAGACAUCGUGUUGAGGUCAGCACAGAGAAGGAGCAUUUGGAAAGGACUCAAACUCACAGUAGAGAACUGGAGGAGGAGAUAGAGAGAAAACGGAAGGAUCUUACAGCGGUUCUUGAAAACAUUGCGGAAUAUGGGAAGCAGCUCGAUUCACGGUCCUCAGAACUCGUCUCUAAAGAGAAAGAGUUGGAAAUACUGAGUCUUGACCUUGACUUGAGGGAACAGUCGGUCAUAUCAUUCAAUAAUGACAUGGAGGAGACUUGCCAACGGAUGGAAUCUAAAGCCAAAGAGUUGGAACACAUCCAGAAGCUAAUUGAGGAAAGGAGUGCGUAUUUGGAAUCUAAAGCCAAGGAGUUGGAAGACAUCCAAAAGCUAAUUGAGGAAAGAAGUGCAUAUUUGGAAUCAGUCAGUUUAUUGAUUGAGGAACACACUGAAGAACUAUCUUCCAAAGAGAAGCAACAGGAUGAAUUAGAAGAGGCUAUUCGAAAACUAUCCUUGGAGAUUACCUCUAAAGAGAAGACAUUGGAAAGAACUGAAGUUCUUAUCCAGCAGGUCUCUGAGGAACAACACUCUACAGAGAAAAAACUGGAUUCGACUAGAAUGCAUUUAGAAAGAUGCAUUUCUGAGCAUGAGUCAGCGAAAAAGGAACUUCUCUCUGUGAAGGAUACAUAUAGAGAGCUCCUCCAAGAUCUGGAUAUCAAAGAGAAGGAGGUAAAGUCUUUAGAAUCAGUACUCAGUAAGAGGAAUAGGAAAGUUGAAGAAGGAAAGAAGAAAAUGCAACAUUUGAAUGACUCCAAUGAGGAACUUACCAGACAACUCAAGUUGAAACAAGAAGAGGUUUGUUCAAUCAACAAGGCCAUCACAGAGUGCUCAGGUGAAUUAGAGGCGAAGAGGAAACAUCGUGAUCAGGUUCAAAGCUCAAUUACUGAUCUCACCACUCAGCUCAAAUCAAAAGAAUGCGAUCUUAGUUCUAUCAAGAAAAAGAUCAAAGGCAGCUUGAAAGACAUGCAAGCCAAAGAGGAGGAGCAAGUCAGAUUGACAGCAUCGUUGGUGGAACGUGAGAAAGGACUUGAGGUAAAAGAGAAGGAGCUUGAUGCUCGCGAGGAAAGAGUUGAUAAAAAGGAUCAGCAACUGAAAUCUACAGAGCAGAAGUUGGCUAAAUCUUUUAAGGAAAUUGAGCUGAGAGCAAAGCAAUUGUCCAGCUUUUGUCAACAAGGCACCUCGGAUCAGCAUGUUGACUUGGUAGGAGACGCCAGUGUAAACGACGACAAAACUUUGCAGUUACUAUUACGUGGGCAUCUGAAGAAAUGUUCUCAGCUUCACCUCGAUGUUUUGCAUUCUCUAAAGGCAUCUUCUGACCCAUCAAAGCUUGUGUUAGAAACAAUACGAGGGCUUUACUCCGCUCAGCAAAAGAUAGCAGAAACAAAUCUUGAUCCAAACAGUUUUAGAAGUGGUAUCUGCUUGCUGGAAUGCUUAGCUGAUAUGUCAUCAAAACCCAAUACUGAAGUACAAGGAGAAGCUGUCACAUUUGCCAUGGAAUGUAAGAACACAACUCUGAUCAAGGCAGAGAAUCCAAUGGAAGUGUUGGGUUUUCUUCACUUUCUUGCUGCAUUCAGUGUGGCAUACACAUUUGAUGCCAAUCAAGUUAAGAAUCUUUUAGAUGACGCCUUUCUUCGCAAAUAUGCUCCGAGUCUAUGCAAGGCUCUUGGAAUAACAGCUUCAGCACCUGGCAACAAUGUAAUAUCAUUGGAUGAUAAGCCUGAACAGCAGCCCCCUGAAGCACCAAUCAGCAACAGUGGCGAUUCUCGCUCCUUGAAUGUCCAAGAAAACAUAGCAUCAUCUCCUUUGGCUAGUGAAGAGGCUCUUAGAGACAUUGUAGGCACGCCUUCUUUUUCACCUAACGAAGUCUCUACUGACCUUCCAAUAUUAAAAGAUCCAGGCAGGUUUGUUCUAACUUCUGUCGAGGAGGCACUCACUGGUGCUCGUCAGAGAGAGGAAUUGAGUUUAGCAGAUCCUAUUGUUAAGACGUUGGUUCCCCUUUUGGAGGAGCUGACACUUGUUGUACACUCUACCGACCCUGAGCUACAGGCAGAUGCAACCAAAGUGGCACAUCUAUGGAGCUCGAUGAUGGGAGCUAGUGGUCUCAAGUCGAAGCUGGAGGCAUGGGCUUUUCUGCAAUUCAUUGUGGCGUUUGGAUUGGCAAAACAAACAAAUCAAAAUGAAACUUUGCAUUUUGCCUCGCAUGUUGCUCACUUCAAGCAUGCUCCAAAACUCUUCCGAUCUCUUGGUCUCAGUUCUGCCAUCCCAAAUUUUGUUAAUGAUCUCAUAAUCAAAGCCCAAUAUAUUACGGCAAUCCGGUUUAUGCUUUUCUUCAACGUGAAGAGCAAGUUCUCUCCCCUGGCUUUCUUGAAGCAAGAGAUCAUGAAACUCAGAUGCUCUGUCAAUGAAAAGAGAAGACUUGAAUCGCAGGCUGAAGCUAACAGAGAUGCUGCUAAAAUGAGAGAGAUAAUUGAAAUCAUUGAAGACUUCAAGCUGGAGAUUGAUAUUCCUGUUGAUCUUAUCCUCAAAUUCAUGGUUCCACGGGACAUUCAAACCCAGAACCAACAUGUGGCCUCAUCAUCUGUUCCUGUUCAAUCAACGCAGAUACUUCCACGGGAAAUUCAAACACAGAACCAACAUGUUGUUGCCACGUCAUCUGUCCCAGUUCAACCAACGCAGACACUCCCACGGUUUCAUAUGCAGGCUUCACACACAGUCAUUCACAACCCAUACAUUUCCACUCAUAGCUCCUCAUUCCCGUUCCUUCCAACAAGAUCCGUUGCAUCACCAAAUCAACAUGUCAUAAACGUGGAAACACACCAAGCUGGUGGUUCAACUGCACUCCAAGGUCAAUCUUCAUACCACGCUGGUAUUAAACGUCCAAGGGUGGAUCCUGGGGGUCCUAGACCGGUGAUAAGACCUUGCUUCAAUCCACCACCAGGUUAUGGUAGAUUCUAGUGUGUUAUGUCUGUCUCCGGGCCAAAGGAGCAAAGCGCUAAGGAGUAGGAAAUAAAAAAGAAGUGAAGUAGGUUUUGUCUUUUGGUGUAGAAUCUAAUAAUACGUUUAGGUUAUGGUUAAUAUAUGAACCCAUCUAAUAUCUCCCAAUCUCUGGUUACUGUGUAAAAAAGAAUGAUGAAGGAGAAAUCUUUUAUUUCAGAAAAUGCUCAAUGAUAUAUAUUUGAAUUUCUCUAA